GGCUGCUCCUGCAACGCAUGCGCACUGCGGCUCUCCAUCAUUUCCAAUAUCCCAGUGUAAGAGAACCAGCAGAGGCAGAGAACUAAUGGGAACCAUGGGAAUACCACUACCCAACUGCGUUUGGGAUCCAAUAUGUUGAACACAUUGUACUUGUCCGACUGAGGGACUGUGUCCUGGUAGGCAAAAGACAAAUGGUAAAACAUUAAUAGUACACAACGACCCUCUGAAAGCACAGAGACUCCUGAUCCCUGUUUCUGCAGCCAGCAAUCUUCCUGAGUCACAUGGCUCUGAGUGACAAGAUGCAGUAAUGGAAGUCCGUGCAAUAUUCAGCACUGUGUUGCACUGUUGGAAGAGCCUGUGACCUAAGAUUUUCAUAGUCAUAACUACACUGUAGCUAUGCACACAUGACAAUACAAGCCUUGAAGUCUUCUAGCCAUGAGGCAGCUGAAAGGGUAGGGUCUGCUGUGAGCUCGCCUCACCCUACCCCACCACCCACCCAGAGUCCUACGUUGAAGCGUAAUCCUGCAGCCCUCCCCGUCUCCUCCACCCUCCCACCCCCUCCUCCAUCACGGCUUUGGAAGACGGACAUGACGUGCGUGGCGAGGACGCUGGUGGAUGUCUGAUAUAUAUACCUCUGAGGUGUCGAGUGUAAAACCAGUGGAGCAAUGAAUGGCGGAAAGGACUGUGAGGCGGGAGAUGAGAGGCAUGCCACCCCUGUGCAGGUCCCCAUUGGCUGGCAGCGCAAGGCGGAGCGCAGCGGAGGGGUCAUAUACAUAAGUCCCAGUGGCUCGCUGCUGUCCAGCUUGGAGCAUGUGAAGAGCUACCUGCUGACAGAUGGGACCUGCAAGUGCGGCCUGGAGUGUCCACUCAUCCUCCACAAGGUGUUCAACUUUGACCCAGGGGCGGCUGUCAAGCAGAGGACAGCGGAGGAUGUGAAAGCAGAUGAAGACGUCACCAAACUCUGCAUUCACAAGAGGAAGCUUCUGGCUGUGGCCACGCUGCGCAAGAGCAUGGGGACGCAUCCCCCUCUGAGGCUCACCAGCCCAGGAGGAGGUACAUCAUCUGUGCUCGUUGCGCAUUCCACAUCUCAACGAGCAAUAAGGACUAAGCUCCACGAUGGCCUGCUCAACGCUGUCGGCCCAGACUGCAAGAAUCCUUUCAAGAUGAUGAUGGCGGCUGGACAGCAGCAGCAGCAGAGGCUGUAUCUUCCCCAGGAGAUGGGAGGAGCCCAGCAGCCAGAGCUCUACUCUGUGUACGCCCGGCCGCAGAGGCUGGGCAGUGGGGAGCCGGGCCCCAAAUCCCCUUACCGGGUUGGGUAUGGAGGCAUGCUGAGCCCACCUCCCUCCAGUGUUAAGCUGUAUGGAGAUGGCUCACAGUCUCCGUGUGCAGACUCUUUGGGCAGCCCUGAUGGUUUUCAGAGGACCAAUCCUUGUGGCUUUCCAGGAGCCGGGAGUCCUGGCUCUGCCUCCAUCCAUGGAAACGCAAGGACGCCUCUUUCCCCACCCAGUGUAAUGCUCCAUGGCUCCCCUGCGGGCCAGCUCUCUUGCAUCAUGACAGGGAGGACUAGCACGCCCCUCUCCCCCACGGCCACUGCCAAAAGCCCUGUCAUGAACAUGAACAUGCCCCGGGGAAACUUCCACCCUGGUAUGGAUAUGCCCCGUGCAGCAUUUCACCAUAAAACACAGCCCCCUGUGCACCCCGUACAGCCUCCUCCAUCCAUACCACCAUCCUGCGCCCUUCAGAAAAGGCAGUUGACCUUUGAAAAAGACCCAUUAGGCAUCCUAGACCCCAUCCCCAGCAAGCAAGUCAGCAAGCCCCCCAUCAAUGCCCCACACCCCUCCAACUUCCAGCCUAACAUCCACUCUCAGGUACAAAUGAUGAAUGUAAACAUACCCCCUCCCGCCAUUGUUCCCUUGGCAAGCAACUUACCUUUACCUACAGUGAAGUCGGGGCCUGUGGGGCAUGGCGGCCACGUUCAAAGGACUCAACAGGGUGGUCCGACUUCCUCCAUGUCCCCCUCCCCGGUCACUUCCCCGGUCCAUAUGGCAGGACCUGCCCUUGGGAGAAUGGAGGCCUCCCCUCAUCGCUCACGCUCAUCCUCCACCUCAUCUGAACAUGGGAGCUUUGCAAUGCCCUCGGGGCACCAGGGCCCGUGUGGCAACAUUAAGGCCCCCCCUCGUUCCCCCAGGUCCGCCAUGGGAUCUCCAAGGCCAGCCAUGCCCUCCAGCCCCUCCACCAACAAAACUGAUGCGCACCACCAGUACAAAGACUCCCAGAUGCUGCCAGGCAUGGGAAACUCCAUAUGCCCCCAGCAGCACAGCAACCCCAUGUACUCACCCACCUCUUCUUCCUCGUCGUCCUCUUCUAUGGCGACCCCUAGCGCUUCCCAGAAGGGCCAUCCAGGACUCCUGGGGAUGCCCCUCAACCAGAUUCUCAACCAACAGAACGCCGCUUCCUUCCCCGCCAGCAGCCUCCUGUCAGCCGCAGCCAAAGCACAGCUAGCAAAUCAAAACAAACUCAGCGCUGCCGGCAGCAGCCCUGCAGCUGGUGGUGGGGGGGCCGGUUUGGGGGCUGGUGGUAACGGUAAUGGAGGAGGUGGCGGACACCCUGGCUCUACGAGCGGCCCUCGAGGCAUGGAGGGACACAGCACUUUAAACUCAAUGCUCCCGCCAAACUCCACCAUGCUGCUCAAAUCUCCCGAGGGCCAGAGCGGUCGGGCGGCUCUUAGAGACAAGCUCAUGGCCCAGCAGAGGGACCCCAUGCGCAAACGGAAGCAGUCAUCAGGCAACACUGUCGUAAACCACGACACCAGUAACAACAUGGUCUACAACAUGCUUAACAAACGAGCCAUGGUUGCACCCCACAUGGCGGGGCCCAGUGCCACUGAUCAGCUGCGAAAAGUGGGCAGACUGGGAAACCUUCCCCAAAACACCUCCAUGGCCCAGCUGCUGCAGUCCAUGAGCUGCCAGAGCUCUCACAACCAUCGUCCAGGACUUAGCCCGGGCCCUCAAGGAUCUGCACAGCUGCACUACAACGACAGCACAGGUCUGGUCCCCGCUGGCCCUCAGCAGAACCUCCUGGCUCAGCAGAGGUUGCGGGGUCCUGGAGACGCAAUGCAGCACUGUCAGAACAUGGACCCCUCUGGGGGCCAUCUGGUCCCUCGUCCGAGCCAGUUCCCUGACAUGAUGGCCCAGAUGCACGACGGAAUGCCGCUAGGACGCCCUCACAAUAACGCCCCCCCACUGUCCCAUCCCGGCCCUCACCCCUCGCAGCAGACCCUCCUUCACAGUAUGAGGCGGACUAACAUGGUGAUGCCGCACGAAGGGGGUGAUGGAGGCUGUACGCAGAACAUCUCUGAUACAGGAAACCCCUCGUCCCUUGGCUGUGGCAUGAGCAGUCUGCAGCAACACGUGAACCCAGGCGGAGGGCAGAUGUACCAGCAGCAGGUCCACCAGGGCAUGCAGCAGGGCCCCCCCCCCCAUCCGGCCUACCAGGGGCAGCAGCACUUCUCUGACAACCCCCCCUACACAGACGCGAACAACGCCAACGCCAGCUCCAUGGCCUGCCUCUAUCAGAACUGCCAGGGGAUGUUGUCGCACCCUCAGUUCAGGGAGGGGCAGCAGCCGCAGGGCGAUGGGCUUCCUUCAGGUCCAGCUGGGGGCGACAGGGGCCCUGGAGGCGGCCCCGAGUCGGUGGACGCCAUCUACAGAGCUGUGGUUGACGCCGCCAGCAAGGGCAUGCACGUCACCAUAACAACCACAGUGAGCGGCACCACGCAGGCCAGCCCGGUGCCCGCCCUCAGCGCCAUGAGUGCCUUCACCACCUCCAUAGGGGAGCCGGUCAACCUCCCCCAAGCAGUGAGCAGCGUCCUGCACCGGCACAAGGACGUGGAGGGGGUCCCGCAGCAGGCCAGGCCCAGGCAGGUGAGGCACGGUCGUGGUCAGAAGGAUCCAGGGAAGAGCACCCCAGAGGGUCCGGAGCCAAGUGACUACUUCCGUUCUCCUGGCCGUGGGACCCCCAGGGGGCAGUGGGACGGGGAGCACGGGGGAGGCUUUGACGUUCAUAGCAACAACGCCUGGGGAGGGGAGGAGUUUCUGGAAUGCUCCACCCAAGUGAGGAGUAGUCCCUGUAUGGAGCGCCCCGUCAGCCUGGCCCCCGCUCCCCCCUGCCCCAAUGAGGGGUCCAACGACCACGGCUUUCUGGACGACGGCUACCGCUUCAACAACUGCAACCGGACACUCGCCAAUUACAAGGAGCGCCUGGAGCAGACGGUGGAGCGCUGCGUGCUCAUCAACGGAGCCACCCCCCACUUCAGCAGCCGGGUUUACGGUGACGUCCUAGGCCCCCCGAGGCAGGAGCUGACGGGGGACGACCAGUCUCCCAGCUCGUCCACCAGUCUGGAGGGGCCCCUGGCCACAGCCAAAGACUACAGCCACUACAACGGCCACUUCAACGGCAUGGCGCCCAGCCCCUCGGACACAAAGAGCCUGAGCAGCGAGGAGGACCUGCGGCAGCCGGACUCCCCCUCCUCAGAGCUGCUGCACUACCGCUCCAGGACCUUCAACAUGGGGGAGCUGGUGUGGGGCCAGCUGAAGGGCUUCCCACCCUGGCCUGCCAAGCUGGCCGGGGACGAACAAGUGCACAGCGCUGCCAUGCAGCUCCGGGAGCAGGCCAAGGUAGAGCCAGAGAAACUAAAAACACUAACUCACCACGACUUGGAGGCCCUCGACCGAGCCACCAAAAGAGGCCUGAAACCGGGGAAACUGAAUAAUCAUUUGGAAGCUGCUAUCCACGAGGCCAUGAGUGAGCUGGAUAAGAUGUCGGGCACGAUCCCAUCGAGGGAUCGUCAGGUGAAACUCCCCAAGCCUAAGAGGAGGAAGAUAUCCAGAUAACAUUGAAUGUGUCGGCCCAACAACGUCCUCAGGCCUUCGGAGACGUCGUCCGUUCAGCCUUGAAGCGAUCUGAGCUCUAACAGGUGCUACAUGGACUGUCAGUGGUACAUCCAUGAUAUCGACUUGACUCAAUGACUGAAGGUGCUGGAACUCCAAUCACCAAUACAGUUUGAACUGUAGAGAAAAAGAAGAAAAAUGAGAAAAACAUUGGUUGCAAUUUGUCUACAGCUCACUGAAUUAACUAUUUUUUUCUAGUAUAAGAUAGUAAAACAAACAAAAAGCUACAAGCAUUACCUUACAUAUUUAAGAAAAAUAGACAGUCCAAAUAUUUCUGAUACAUUUUCAAUAUGUAUAUAGAUAAUCCUGAAAUGUCAUGCUAUUAAGAAUUGUAUGUAAAUAUUGUACAAUGUCAUGUACAAGCAUACCUAAUGCACAUUUUAUCUUUUAUUGUACAAAAAGAAAGCAGAAGUGUACCAAUGUCUUGGUUUCUAUUCAGAAAUGCGGCUGCGUACGGCCGCGUGCAUAGGAUAAAUAAGAAAACAGUCUAAAGCUUUUAUAUGAUGAACUGUAAGACGUGCUGUUUUUUUGUUUUUUUUGUAAGGGAACAGCAGUGGAACAGGCAUGAGUAUACGAGUUCUCCAUUAUGAGUUCAGUGUUCAUUUGCAUUGGAGAAAAAAGACACAAAACAGAAUGAACUUUACCAGCAGAAAGUGUUCAAUGUUCCCCUAAAGCAUGAUGGGAAAUGACGAGCAGCCGGACAAAUAUUGGUAAAUCUCCAUCUGCUCCACCAGGAAAAUCUUGAAAUGUAGAGACUUCUGGUUAGACUGUGUUUAUUUGGUUUACCAAUCAUCGAAACUGACAGACAAAAGAAAGUCUGAAGCGAAAAUCCCCCCUCAGCCACUUGUUCAAUAGGUGUCAUGAUUAUGGCGCCCUUGCAUUUAAAAAAAAAAAAAAAAAACAUUUUGGGUGAACCAACAUUGAUUAUUUUUCAAAAUGCCAGGUGGUUGAAUGGCAACUAUUUUAACAAUUAUCUGUCUUUUUUAUUUAAAGAAAAAAAGGGAAAGAAUGAUCCUAAAAUGAAUGUUAAGGCUUCUCAAAUGUCAAGAUUUCCCAUAAUUCUGUCAUAUCAUUUUUAAUUAAAUAUAUUCCAUGUAUGGGUGGAAAAAAAAGACAGAGAAAUUACCAGGAUAUUCUUUUCUCAGUUUCUUUGCAUUUGAUAGAUUUAACAAUAAAUAAAUAACAAUAAUGAACACAAUAGUUGAAACCCCACUUAAUAAUGACCUUGACAGUAUUUGAACUGUAUUAAGACAAUACAAGUGAAUGCAACAUGAAAUCAGGACUACAAGUGUCUUUGGGUGGAUUUCUCCUUCAACUCCAACCUAGAAUCUCGCCUGCAUUGAUGAAUUAUGACAUUUGGUGGUUGUGAUUAUGUUCUCAUAUUUGUACAGUGAUUAUUUUUUUCACGAGUGUCGUCCUUUGGGCCACAUGGAUAGCUUAAGUAAAAUCACCAGGAACACUAACUCCAGAGCAGUGAAAGCAUUUCUCGCAUUUAGGGGCCUUGUGUAAUUUUUUUUGCUUACUUAUGAUGUAAAUUAUUUAUGUACAGUACUCCAUAUUUAUUUUAAGCUUUACAAAUAUGCUAGAUGGCAAUAAUACUACCAAGAGUUGAGAACUCAAGCCUUAUAUGUGUAUAUGUAUGUUUUCUUAACAGUGAAUAGAUCAUGUGUCCGUUACAAAGUUCCUUUUUAUUUAAGAAUAGGGAUGACAGAUAACAGCGAGGCGUUCUGAUCUACUUGUUUUUGUUACAAAUUGUGUUAUAAGUUAAAGGAGGGAAACCGUAACAACGUCUGCCUCCAAGACCAUACUAUUUAUAAUAUGCACAUCUAAAAAGGCAGUGUUUGUGUUGACGCUGCGAAGCAAAAUCAGUCUUAAUAUCGAAAGUGAUGCACAGCCACUCCUCCAGAUCAAAACCGAGCAACUACAACGUGAAAUCUCUCCAGAAUGAUCAAGUGCAAUAUACGAAUGGAUGGCAACAGCUCAAAAACUCUGCGUCUAUGAUUGUUUGAAACCUUUUCUUUAACUCUGAAUUACACAGCAACUUCUUUCAGAUGUCCUAACCUAAGAGCAAACAAGUAGUCAUUUAUUUGUAGCUUUACCUUUUACAUGUACUUUCACAACUGUUACUCCCAUUUGAAUUUGAUUGAAUUACUUGAACUUAUUGCAAUGUUUCUGAGGGUAACCCUAAAACCAAAUAGAACACUUCUUUGUGAAGAAUGUAUUUUCUUUCUCAGCCCAGUAUAACAUCAAAAACACUAUUAAAACACAUCCACAAGUUGUAUAGCCCCGACCAAUCCCACUUAUGUACUUAAGUUUAAUAUCAUACUCUAUGUUCUAAACUAGCCUCGAAGUCAAACUAUGUAUUACAGCAAAGUCAACAAUAUAGGCAUUUUAAUUUGUGUUCAGGAACUGAAGUUGUACUGUAUUUUCUCAUGAGGUGGAUCCCUCGAAACAUGUUUGUGAACACUGAAGAAUGCAGUGAAAAAGCACUGAAUUUGCUUAAUGUCAAGAUAAAAGACAUUGUCAGCCUCUCCGUAAUAUUCUACGGUUAAUAUCUCCUUCCUUAUUUUUCUUCAGUGUGCACACUUUUGUUUGAGUUUUUUCUCAAAUCUGUGGCAAGGGAAUCCUCCGGCUGAUUUGAAAAUGUGACGUUUGGUGUCGAGAACACAUGAGCUCUUUCGGUAAAGUUCAUUCUGCCUCUCCUCCCUCCCUGUUUUUUUGUGCAAUGACAUGACGGAGCCCAGUCCGGGAACCCAUGUGUUUAUGAAUCUGUUGGAUCAGUUUCAUGUUAUUUGUGGUCAAGAGUUCAAAGCAUUUUUUGUGUUUGAGAUGGUAUGUGCAGUCUAUUUUGUUUCUCCUCCCGCCUGUGAUUGUGUGUUGGUGUGCGAGUGUGAUUUUUAUUUUUAGUUUAUUGCUCUUUGAAUCUCAUUUUCCUCUUUCAUCGUCAGUAUUUUAUUUUUUCAACUUGUAAUUCAGUAUAUAUUUUCUCACUAAUAUAUACUUUACAAAAAAUAGACGUGAAGUAUGAUGUGCACUUGAUUGCUCUUGUUUAUUUUUAUUGCAUUAAUGUGGGCUAGGGAUAGUUUGUCAGUCCAUUAUUUUGAGAUUGUUUGGACUUUUUUUAAUGGUUUGAUGUAAGCAGCAUUUUUUUGUAAAUAUUGUGAAACAUUACAGGUCAUGCCGUGAUGUAACAUUUUGAAUAAUGUUGCACAGAUGUUUAAGAUAUUAAAAACAUGGACACUCUUA